AUGUCGUCAAAUAAUACCAGUACUAUGUAUAAUCAAACAAAUCAAACAGAGACACCGGUGUACAGUGAUUGGGCAAAAUUUCUGGAACAGCGUUUUUUUGCAGAAAAAAUUAUAGUAACUUUUUUCGCCACUUUUACAAUGGUUGGUAAUACUUUGGUUUUGGUGGCGACCUGGAGAGAAAGAAGCCUUCAUCAACCAAACAAGUAUUUUAUUGUUUGCCUGGCUGUCGCUGAUCUUUUGGUUGGGUUAUUUGUAGCACCACUGUGGGUGUAUCAAAAUAGUCUCAAUUUCAAAUCGUCUAUUCAUCUGUGUCGUUUUGCUGUGUGGGCAGAUACCUUGGCGCUAACAGCAUCCAUUUAUUCACUGACAUUCAUCAGCUUCGAUCGAUAUUUAAAAAUUAGUAAACCACUGCAGUAUAAAUCACGAAUGACAACCUCCACAUCAUUAAAAGUAAUUUUCAUCAUUUGGUUGAUUUCAACUGGUAUUUCCACCUACGCCGCCACUCCUCAAUCAGGAAGCAAUGGAAUCUUAAACACUGGCUACGGUUUUUGCCCUGUCAAUCGUAAUAAAUUCAAAGGAUUCUACACAUUUGUCGCAGUAACUGCAUUCUUUUUACCCACGGUAGUCAUACUGGUUAUGUACGCUCUCAUAUUUCUUGUUGUUCGUAAACGACAAAAGAUGCUGCGAAAUGGCGAACUGGGUCAGAGUUGCAGUGUUCUGAACCAGCGAAGUGCAUUUCUUAAAGAUCUGAAGGCUAUCCGAAUGUUGUUGGUUGUCGUUGGAGUGUUUAUACUUUGUUGGUCUCCUUUCUUCAUUUUUAAUGUGUUACACCUGUACUUUCCAAAUAUUGUUGAUUGGCGUAGCAGGUCAUUAAACUACCUGCGUUCGAUCUCAAUAACUUUAGCUGUAAUAUCUUUACUACCGCUGCUUAACAGUCUAUGUAAUCCAGUAAUUUAUGCUUGUCUGGACAAAACAUACAGAGAUGCUUUCAAGAAUCUGUUUCAGCGAUUGAUGUGCCGAACAAGCUCAAGAAUGCGGGCACCACCACUCGGAAUAGAGUUACGUCCUCCGAGAAUAAGAUAG